AUGUUCUCUCAGUAUGGCAUCAAAUUUCCAACAAGAACGACAAAACUAGAAAUCAAAUUACUAAACGAAAAAGUAAUUGAACAAAAAAGAAUAAAAGACGCGGCAGUCGUUGUUAAAAAACCACUAACACCGAAAAUAUCACAGAAUCAUAAACAAGAAACUCCAACGACUACAAAAAAGCGUCCAUCUCGUGCUAGUCGUAAAUUCACCGAGGAAGAUAUGCGAAUUAUAUCAAUGUUACCUUGUUCCAAAGAGUUUAGCCAGUUUCAUAAAGAAGCCUAUGUUGAUGUUGUUAAAGAUUCAUCAAAACAAAAUUAUCUUCGACAACUAGCCUUGCAAACAACAAAAUGUUACCAUUUAAGAAACCAAUUUAAAAAUCUCAAAACUGAGCAUUUGAAUAUGGAUCAAAUUAAACAGUACUAUCAUGCACGAUUAGACGAAUAUCGCGAUUUUAAGAAGGUGGAUUUACAGAAGAAACUGGAUACAUAUCGAAAACAAGUUAAAAUAAAUAUUGGUAAAUGGUUGAAACAAAAUUCAAAAAAAAGUGCCAAAACUGCAGAACUAGAUAAUCAACAGUAG